AUGUCUCGUCUCUCGUUCCUCGCCACUUUCGGCCUCCUCGCUGCCCAGGGCACUGCCAGCAUCCUUGGCCGCCGCCGCUUUGACAGUACUGUCCCGUUCUACGACCACGACCCCAACGUGCCCGCCGACUGCAACCUGUGGUGGAACUCAGACGAUGGCAUUAGCUGCGAGACGGUCCUCUUAAUCACAAGCCUUUCCAUUGGUCAGUUGACCAGCAUGAACCCGUUUGUCAAGUCGUGCAGCGACUGGAAGGCUGACUAUUCCUUUUGCAUCGGCUCCGCAUCAGGCAUCCCGGCGCUUCCAGAGCCUACGGUGGAGCCAACGGCCACGUCCCGGCCUCCGGCUGGGUCCACCACAACCAGCACGCCGACCAACCCGGGCAACGGCGUGCAGACACCCGAGCCGUGGCAGCCCGGCAUGGUGGACAACUGCAACCGCUUCUACGUAGUCCAAGCCGGCGACACGUGCUCCACCAUCGCGUCCAAGACCGGCGUCACCAUCAGCCAGCUGGCAACCUGGAAUACUCAGAUCGGCGGUUCGGCCUGCACGGGCAUCUGGGCCAGCUACAACAUCUGCACCGGCAUCAUCGGGGGAUCGCCAACGCAGCCCCCACCGACUACGAACCCGAACCCAACGCCGCAGCCGAUUCAGGACGGCAUGGUCAACAACUGUAACCGCUUCCACCUCGUCCAGGCUGGCGAGACCUGCGCUACCAUUGCUUCCAAGACCGGCGUCACCGUCGCCCAGUUGACGACCUGGAACAAGGGCAUUGGUUCCUCUUGCACGGGCAUGUGGGCCGGUUACCACCUCUGCACCGGCGUCGUCGGGGGAUCGCCGACGCAGCCCCCACCGACGAACCCGACGCCGCAGCCGAUCCAGAACGGCAUGGUGAACAACUGCAAGAAGUUCCACUUUGUGCAACGCGGGCAAAACUGUGACACCAUCUCGCGGCAAUACGGCAUCGCGCUGGCUAACUUUAUCCGCUGGAACCCGGCCGCAGGGUCUAACUGCCAGGGCUUGUGGGCUGAGACGUACGCCUGUGUCGGACUGUAA